GCGCGCUACCGGAAGGACGUCACGAUAAUUUGCCGCGCGAUUAAACGUAGCAACGAUAAAAAAUUGCGUUUAGAAAUUUUGAUUGUAUAUAUAUUUGAGUUAUACAAAUUAUAAUUAUUAUUCGUGUUUGGUUAAUUUUGUGUGUGAUUUAUUAUACUAGUGGAUGCGAGUGUAAUAAAAAUCGGGGGAAAGCUGCUGGCUGUCAGCUGUCAAAACGUUGAGAUGGAGGCAAAGGUGAAAGAAGAAAUUCCAGAUAAAGAUUACAAUCAACCCACAACAACCGAAAGACGGAAAUCUACCACUUCCGGCAAGGACAGGAGAUCGCCCGACCAAGAUGAAGCCAGAUCCUCUCCGACUCCUGGACCACCAAGCCCACAAAAUAAUGGAACUGCAGCCACGCUGUCUUCAACGGAAUCUCUGUCGCCACCUCUUCCAGAAGGGUCUAGAUCAGCUCCAGCGUUACAGCGCUUACGACGCUUCCUAUCAGCGCUUCAGCAAUUCGCUUCCGACGUGAGCGCUGAUACAGGCGAACGAGUACGACAAUUGAUUUUCAGCCUUGUGGCUGGAGUAGUGAACGUUGAAGAUUUUCAAGUAGGCGUUCAGGAGUGCACGAACUAUCCACUUCGUGCGUCUGUGCCUGGUUUCCUGAGGGCUUUGCUGCCCUUGGCGCAGAGGGACUUGCACGCGAAAGCGAGAAGAACUAAACAGACACCUCUACAAUAUAUAAGAUCACACGAACAUCUCAUAUUGGAGUCUGGCGGGGACAGCAGCGACAUUUUCGCGCCGCAACAAGGAACCGGUAACGAAGCGGCAGCAAAACGACGAGCUAGUGACCCCUUCUAUGACCCUCAAACAAACGGUUCUCAUGAUGAGUACCCGCCGCACGCGAAACGCCCGAGCCUGUUCAACCCCUCUCCCUUCUACCCGCUGCCCAGCAAUGCGAGUUUGUUCGACUACCAUUCCUACCACAGCUAUCAUACCGCACAAGAAACUGGCUACGAAAGGCGAGAUGGUGGCAUCACAGUCCGAGAUGUGUCAUCCAUGAAUGCCCCAUUUACGGAACCGAGACCAGCAGGAUUGCUGAAGAGCGAUGACGAAUGGAAGAACAUCAAUACGAUGCUGAACUGCAUCCUCAGCAUGGUGGAGAAAACAAAGAGAGCGCUGGCCAUCUUACAACAGAGAGGAAUUGAACCAACUGAGAGCAAUGACAUCAAACGAGCAGCGAGCGAAAUCAUGGCUUCAGCGGUACGACAGACAGAGGAGAGAGUCGCUGAAGUCAGGAGACGAGCUGAAGAUGCUGUGAAUCAGGUAAAACGUCAAGCACUGUUGGAGCUGCAGCGGGCGGUGGGCGCUGCUGAGUCUAAGGCACUGGAACUGGUGUCAGCGGAGCGCGGCAAAGUGGAGCGCAGACACUCGCCACCCCCCGGGCGAGACCUCAGCCCUAGCGCAUCGGGACAACAGAAUUGUUGCUGGAACUGCGGCCGCAAGGCGCAGGAGACGUGUUCGGGCUGCAACGCGGCGCGCUACUGCGGAGCGUUCUGUCAACACAAGGACUGGGAAAAUCAUCACCAGGUGUGCAGCGGUCGCGACCAAAAACCAACGACGUUACAGCGCACUUCCCCCCCAACGACCACAACUCUCACGAAAACCCUCCCCCGCUCAACAACCCCCAUCACCACCCCGACUAUACCGACAACGGCCACCGAUAACCGCCUGUCACUCACCACGCUCAACUCCGCCGAGCGAUUGUUGACGACCAGUCAGGAGAGAAACCUGGGAUCUAAUUCUGAACGAAUUGCUCUGGCGACGCUGUCAUCAGCUCAGGGGCUGAUCGGAGCGAUCGGGGGGAAGAAAUGACGCCUCAAUAGGGACUUUUUGGGGAACACGAUAAAGUUCCCCAGAAAGAUAAGACGGUAAACCUCUUAACCUUCGAAUAAUCACUUGAGAUGUUCUGUGACGAGUUGUGUAAUUUCUAAAUUCGUUUUAAUGUAAAUGUAUAUAUUUCAUUUGGUUACAUAUUGUACAAAAGUCAAUCUCACUCCAAAUACAUUGAAGAUCUGCAUUAUAAGCUGCACAUCUAUUAAUUCCCAGUGGAACAACGUUGUGAAACAAGUUCCGAGUCUUCUCCGUAAAUGGCCCAUGAGGCCUUUGUCCAGCAAUGGAAAUAAAAACAAUUGACUUUUGUACAAUUUGUAAUGAAAAAUAAUGUAUAAGAUCUUGUUUUGAGCGUUUGUAAAUAUAUGUUAUUUUGUGUCGUAAUUAAUAUUUAACUUGAUUGUAUAUUUAGGAUAGUUUUAGGAUCUUUUGUAGUUUUAAUAAGUAGUAUUGGUUCUGAUUGUAGUUCACAAUUUAAACUAAACUAAUUCCAAAAGACUAAAUAAUUACUAUACUUUCCAACCUCGCUCAUUAGAAAGAGAUGACUGUACUUUUAUUAGUGUCAAAUUAGUUUAGUUUAAAUUCAAAUUGUUGAAUAAUCAGGACCAAUUUAUAACAAAUCCUGUAUUUAAUUUUAUUUACAAGAUUUAAAAUGGCGACUCCGUUUUGCCCGUGGCUAAGGUUUAGUCCAUACAUUAUCCGGGUGCGAAGAAUUUAAAUGAUAGCAUUAUGUUAGGAACAGAUUUGAUUUGACCUUUUUCUGGCUUUUUCAAUAAUCCAAUUGUAAAAGAGUAAAUGGAAGAAGAGUCAUCGGGGUCAAUCUCGUUGAUUAAUAAACUAUCUGCGCGAGAUAUACUUUAAUAUACAAGAGUGCGUUAACGCACUUACUGUACUUGGCGCACUUGCACCCUGUAUUCCUCGAAACGGCAAUCUGGCACAAUCUGAAUAUCUUCAAAUGAAAACAAGCGCUUAAUUAAAACGCAUUAUUCGAACAUCAAGGCAUAAAUUUAAGAUAUUUUCUGCCUCGCACUAUGUGUAAUUUAUAAGCCCGAAACCAAAAGUUCUGCAACGCUCUGCAGGACUGGUGUUGCAGAGCGUCAUGAGCCUCCAGCUAAUUUAUCUAGGCCAUUAACAACAAGCAGCUACUGAGAAUUUCCAACAGAAAAACCCAAACAAAUAUUGACUUAAAUCUCAGGACUCUUUAUUAUAAUCUAGUGAAUAAAUCAAUGUGGGUUUCCCCUACAUGCCUCUUUAAUCUGGUUCGUCUCUGGCCCAAAUAGCCUGAGCUUUCAAAACUAUUAUGCAGAAUGAACAGCGGUAGAAUCAAUAAUUAAAGAAGCGAACCAGACUUGAGUAUUUUUUGUGCAACAUGCAAAAAUUGUUCUACAUAGACACAUCAAAAAUUGUCUGGAAGAG